AUGAAUCUCCGGAUAACCCUGAGCAUGGUGUUCCUUUGUUUGCUGCUGCCGUCUGUGCUGAGCAGAGUGAAGAGCAAAUACUUCAGGGGUAAAUUCAUCGAGCAGUGCUGGAAAUACCCAAAGGUGGAUGAAUGUUCCCAGAAGUGUUCUAGGACCUUUCGAUGUUUCCUCAAAACUCAUGUGUGCUGCUGGACCGAUUGUGGUUUCAUCUGUUUAUAUAACGAGUUAUCAGGCUAA